ACGAUAGUGCAGAGUGAGGAACAACCGAACAAAUCCUUGGGCGAAGUAAAGCAGAAUAGGAAUGAAGGCAUGACGGUAUCGUCUGUUCCUUGGACAAGGCCCUUCCAAUUCCGGUGCUGGAACAAAACCCACGCACUUCUCACGCGCCAUUGCCAUUCGUAUUCACCACUCUCCAACACUCACACGGACAUGGCUGAAGGGGUUAUCUCGUUAGAGGAAUGGCAGGGAUGGGGCACCACCUCUCCAAUUCCUACCAUGGUUGCGCAAAUCGUUCACGAUCUCAAGCUUCUAGAACAAGAUUUCCAUUCUCAAAUGAGUUUUGGCGGCAAUGGCGGAAAGUUGCAGGGAAAUUUUGGAAUACAGGAAGAUAAGAAACAUCGUGCAACCUAUCAGGCUUUGGCUGAUUCCGAAAUGAAGCUUCAAUUUUAUACUGCUAGACAGAUAGCUUGUCGCGUACUUGGUAGCAGGGGUUACCUUUGCCAGAAGUGCUGGCUUCCUAUGGAGGAUUGUAUGUGUUCAAAAAUUGCGUCCUGCUCGCUAUUCCCAGGAAUAAAGUUUUGGUUGUAUAUGCAUCCCAAGGAUUUCUUGAGACAGAACAACACUGGUAAGCUUUUGUGGCAAGUGUUUGGCGUUGGUGCUGCAACUUUGUGCCUUUUUGGGGUUCCUGAACAUGAAGAAAUUAUGCUGGAUUCCUUUAAGCUGGCAGGAAAGAGUAAGGUGUGGUGCCUUUAUCCCAACAAGAGUGCAGUUUUAAAAUCAGUUCAAGAUGCAUUUGGUCAGGAACCAGUCGCAAAUGAUGAAGCCACACCAGCAAAGUUAAAAGUAGAUACAACUCUGCAUUUUAUUUUGAUUGAUGGGACGUGGAGCAAUUCAGCAGCAAUGUUUAGGCGUCUUCAGGAUAAAGCAAAGUCAAUCUGGGGAGAUGAGGACCUUGCUUGUAUAUCCCUAAAUCCUGGUGCUUCUGCUAUGCAUAAGCUUAGGCCCCAACCGGCUUGGGAUCGUACGUGUACAGCGGCAGCAGCUGCUGACCUACUCUCUGAGCUGCAACUUCUUCCCCAGUUUAGUUCCGUUGGAUUGGAUAAACAGGCAGAAGCAGUAGAUCAUGCUCUAACAAUCCUAUUAGAAGCCCUCACAAAUAGACGGCUUCGCAUGGGAAGGUCAAUAUCACGAAAAGUGAGGCAUACCAAUAUCCGAUAGACUUCUAACCAUGUUUGUUCUGACAACUUAAGAGUAAGCCUCUUCCGAAUUUUGGAAACGAAGAAAUUCUUAACCCUGUACAUUUAAGCUCCAUACGCAAGGGUGGCUGUUGGUUAUGAAGACAAAUUUUCCAACUUCUUUUGCAUUAAUUUUUUACGAAGGUUUCAACUUCUUUUAAUUUUUUUUUUUCUAAAGAAUGAGGUAUAGUUUUGUCCUUCCAUUUACAUUAUUUGGAUAGACGUGUACCCUUAUUUUUCAUGGAAGAUAGAAGUAUACUAAUGUAAUUCAGUAGUCUUAUGGUUAGAAUCUACCAAGUCUCGGACAGAGCAUUUUGAAGAGUUUUAUUUCGUGUCACUUUAAGUUUUCCCCUUGCAACUUUUUGUUUUUGUUUUAUUUUUCUACUU